GAACAGCUGAGAGAGAAGAAGUGAGGAGUUAGGAGAGCUGCUGCUGGAGCAGAACAGACGGCAAGAUCAAGCAGAGAAUUGACCUGAAGCAGCAGAACAGAACAAUCUGGAAAACCAGCAACAGUAGCAGUAGCGGCUAAAGUCAGUGGAUAGACAGUUAAAACAAGGAAGACAACACAGUGUUCAAGUGCACAGAAGAAAAUGUCAUUUCCUGGUAGGAGUUCCCUGCUUUCAUCCCUGAUUUGUGCAGCAUGGGUGAUCACAAUUCUAGCUGAGGGACAACAAAUCGAACAACCAGAAGUGGCUACCAAAUAUGGGCGACUGAAAGGAAAAUGGGUUACUGUCAAGGGAACUGACAGACUUACAAAUGUAUUUCUUGGAAUUCCUUUUGCAAAACCGCCUGUGGGAGCCCUGAGAUUUUCCCCACCACAACCAGCUGAACCAUGGAUCAGUGUGAGAGACGCAACUUCUUUUCCACCAGUGUGCUUACAAGACCAGGCGAUACUGGAAAAAUGUGAAGAAAUUUUUCCAACUAAACAACUUAACUUCUCAACUUCUGAAGACUGUUUGUACCUGAAUAUUUAUACCCCUGCCCAUUCCAAUGAGAAAGCCAAGUUACCUGUUAUGGUGUGGAUCCAUGGAGGAGCUCUGUUGUUGGGUGGAGCUUCAAUGUUUGAUGGGUCUGCAUUAUCUGUCUAUGAGAAUUUGGUGGUGGUAACCAUACAGUAUCGAUUAGGUAUCACUGGAUUCUUUAGUACUGGUGAUGAACAUGCUCGAGGAAACUGGGGCUUUUUGGAUCAAGUGGCAGCUCUCCAGUGGAUUCAAGAGAAUAUCAAACAUUUUGGAGGAGAUCCAGGAUCUGUCACUAUAUUUGGAGAGUCUGCAGGAGGAGUCAGCGUUUCUCUCCUUGUACUAUCUCCCUUGGCCAAAGGCUUGUUCCAUAAAGCCAUCUCUGAGAGUGGAGUUGCACUUCUUUCUGCCAUGUUCAGUUCACAUCCUGAAGUGAUUGCUAAGGUAGUCGCUAAUUUAACUGGCUGCGACACCUCCAGUUCGGCUGCCAUGGUUCAUUGCCUAAGGAAGAAACCAGAAGAAGAAAUGAUUUUGAACUUUCAACAACAACAGCAAGUCUCAAUUAUCCCAGCAGUUAUAGAUGGUGUGUUUAUUCAGAAGAACCCUGAAGAGCUAAUGGCUGGCAAAGACUUCAGUGCUGUCCCAUAUAUAAUAGGAAUAAAUAAUCAUGAAUAUGGCUGGGUUCUUCCUUUCGCAUACAACAUACCUGGCUUGAAGGAGGGCAUGCAUAAAGAAACCAUCCUCUCUACCUUACAAAUGCUGCACCCACUCUUGUCUGUGCCAGCUGAAUUUGUGUCUCUGAUAACAGAUGAGUAUCUGGGAGACACAGACGACCCUGUCGCCCUGCGGGACCAGUUUCUGGAUUUGAUGGGAGAUGCAACCUAUUUAAUUCCAGCUAUAAAAACAUCUAAUUAUCACAGAGCAUCUGGAUCUCCUGUCUACUUUUACGAAUUCCAACAUCGUCCAAGUUCAGCAAGUUUCAAACCAGAUUUUGUAAAAGCAGAUCAUGGAGAUGAAAUGAGUUUUGUCUUUGGAGGGGCAUUUCUUACUGAUGAGACGUCACUGUUUGCUUCCAGAGAUGCUACAGCGGAAGAGGAACACCUCAGCAGGACAAUAAUGAAAUAUUGGGCUAACUUUGCUCGAAAUGGAAAUCCUAAUGGCGCAGGUUUGGUGGAAUGGCCAGUGUAUGACAUGAAUGAACAAUACCUGGAGUUGAGUUUACAGCAGAAGGAAGCAAAGAAACUGAAAGGGAACAGAGUGGAGUUCUGGACAAAGACUCUGCCUGAAAAAAUCAAGAAAAUGAAGGAAAAGAAAGAGCAUGCAGAAUUAUAAUUCAUAAUGUGUGGGGGAGAAAGGGCAUGUAUGUGUGUCACAAAAUAAAAUCAACUACAAUUGG